UUUCCGCGCCGCCCUCGAUGAGUCAUAAGGACCUCGAGUGUGAAGAACAUUUCCGCGCUACUACUGUUCGCGAUAACAGUGGUAGGUAUAUAGUCGCGUUACCAUUUUGUGGUGACCCUUAUUCGCUAGGCGAUUCGUACGCCGUCGCUCUCAGACGUUUUCAUUGUUUAGAACGAAAACUGAAUUCGUCACCUAACUUACGCCGCGCUUAUAAUGACGUUAUUCGUGACUACAUCGAUAAAUAUUUUUUGAGCCCAGUUGUGAGUGAUAACGCUGACUGCGUUCCCGCAUAUUAUAUUCCGCAUCACGGUGUAGUUCGCGAAGAUAAAAUUUCCACUAAACUCCGCGUAGUUUUAGACGCUAGCUGUCGGACUACAUCGGGCCAGUCUAUCAAUGAUAUUUUGCAUACUGGGCCGAAUCUACAGGGUGAUUUAUUUAACAUAAUAAUAAAUUUUCGUCUUUUCAAAAUUGCUUUGUCAGCUGAUUGUCGACAAAUGUUUCUUAAUAUAGGCGUUCACGAAUCUGACCGUAGAUUCCAGCGUAUAUUUUACCGCUUUAGUAAUGAUGAACCUAUAACGGUUUACCAAUUUAACCGCGUUUGUUUCGGACUUAGGUCCAGUCCAUAUCACGCCUUACGAGUUGUGCGUCAACUGAUUGCUGAUGAAGGCGAUGAUUUUCCCGCUGCUGCGUUAGCAGCUUCUAAGUCUUUAUUUAUGGACGAUAUCGUUUGUAGCGUUAUAGACACUCCGCGCGCAAUUUCGCUUUGUGAAGAGCUUAUUCAGCUUUUCAAGCGAGGCCAAUUUGAUCUUGUCAAAUGGACGAGUAAUUCAAAGGAGGUUCUCGCACACUUAUCUGAUUCUCAUAAGGCUUCACCGGACAUUGAGUUCGAUAAGUCCAUUCCGCAUAAGGUCCUUGGCUUGCGCUGGGACAGAUCGCAAGAUAGUUUUCGCUUUGACGUCGCACUGCCUGAUGCGAAGUGUACCAAACGCAUAAUGCUGUCCACAAUAGCUCGACUUUGGGACAUAAUGAGUUUUGUGGCUCCCACCAUUUUGUACGCCAAGCUCUUGAUAAAAGAGCUUUGGUUGGCAAAGUGUGAGUGGGAUGACGCACCUCCUAAACAUAUAGUCGCAGCCUGGAAGCAGUUUUGCAGCGAGCUUCCCAAGCUCAAUCAAAUUAUUAUACCGCGUCACUUAGGAUUAGUGGAUGGAUGCAGUGUUAAUUUAAUAGGUUUCGCUGACGCUAGCGAAAGCGCUUACGGCGGAGUAGUGUAUAUGCAAGUCCGCAAUGGCUGUAACUAUUCUGUGCAAUUAGUUUGUGCCAAGUCUAAAGUCUCGCCAGUCAAAACCAUUUCGAUUGCAAGACUUGAAUUGUGUGCAGCCCUUCUGCUGUCACAAUUGCUUCGCAAGGUCAAGGACACAGUUUCGGCCCACUACCCCAUUAAUAAUAUUUUCGCUUUCACUGACUCCAAGAUAGUACUUGCUUGGAUUUAUUCUUCUCCGCAUCGCUGGCAGACUUUUGUCGCCAAUCGCAUUACCAAACUUAUAGAGUUUGUUUCCCCCACUUGUUUUAAUCACGUCCCGGGUAUUGAAAACCCCGCUGACUGCCUGUCUCGUGGAAUCCCUCCAAUGGCCCUUCUCGAUCAUCCCUUAUGGAAACGUGGUCCACCCUGGAUUAGCCAUGAUCCGGCAGAGUGGCCCAUUGAACCCUAUAGAGAGAAUACAGAAGUUGAGGACAUUUCGUCCGCGUCCAACUUAUCCUCUUAUGGCAGACCUUCCUAG